AUGCCUGUGCCCAGACAGGCCCAGACCGAGGGCUCGACUACCUUCGAUCCCGACAAGUUCUUCGAUGACUGGCCUGCCGGCGAGGCCCUACUCUACAGCAAUGACUUCCGAAAGUGCAUCCUCAAAGCCUUUGGUCUCGACAUUCGCGACGAUUACGUCUACAGAGCGGUCGCCGAGGUGACCCUCCUCCAGGCUCAGACCUACAUCGAGUUUGGUGCGCAGGGAGGACUUCAUGCUUGGUAUAGAGAUGCAGAAGGUCAAGCAGUAAGUAGAGCCGGUCUAACCACGCUGAGAGUCUGUCUCAUAUCAAGCACAGCCUAAGCCUCUGCUCAGAGACCAUCUCCCACCGCUGCCGACAUAGCCGCAUACACCGAUAUCUUUCGAUCCACCACGAACACACAGAAAGCUUUGACCGCUCUCUCUUCGAAUGCCAAAAAGGAUACAGUCCGCGCCCAUGUCGCCAAGCACCUCUUAAGUCUCUACGCUCCUCCCGACCCGUUGCGAAAGCUGGUAGUAAACAAGUCCAAGAAUCAUGUCAAUCCGAGCUUCGACGUCUGGGCUUGGUCAAAUCAAAACCUAGAAUGGGGUGGGCCGGAAGAGAGAACCAAGGACGUAAAGAUCAGCCAUGCCAUACUUCCGAUAGUGUACCACCACUUUGGUUGCGUUUGCCCAUCGUACGAAGCGCUCUCGUACAUACAGCAAGUUGCUCAAGGGCGGACAAUACUAGACAUCGGCAGUGGCAAUGGAUACUGGACUUAUAUGCUCCGUCGCUUCGAGACAAACCCUAAGAAGAAACUGGCCGUGACAGCCAUCGAUAACAGCCAGAGCGAAUGGAGAACCAUGUGGAUAGCAGAUACCAUUGAAGCAGACGGGGAAAAGUGGCUAAAGCAAAACAAAGGAGGGCAGGAUGAAGUUCUACUCCUCGUGUAUCCAGUGGUGGGAGGGGACUUCACUUCCAAGAUGCUCAAGUCAUAUCGUAAGUUGUAUGUUCUAUGGACAUCAGCAAAUACUGACGGCACACAGGUGGAACGACGAUCAUAUCGGCAGGUGCGCAGAAUACCAGUGGCUUUACCGCAUUUGCGAAGGAGACAAUCGCAGAUUGGAUCGGCAGAGAAAUGACCGACUGGGAGAAGGUUUUGCAGAUACCACUGCCAUCGUUCGCAGGAAAGGACGAAGCUUUGUUCAUCUUCGAGAAGAAACCCAAUGCUCCAGCAAACGGAGCUUGA